CCUAGGACCAGCCAUGUACAUUUCUCCCUCCUGUAUAAUGAAGGACUGCAGUACGCGAAUAUCAUCCUCUUGAGGCUACAGAUUGUGCUGAAACCGGUAUCUAGAAAGGCUCUGUCCAUUAAAGCAGAGGAUAGGAGUGAAAGAGGUCCACGAUGUCUGAACUUUUUAUGGAGUGUGUAGAAGAGGAGCUGGAGCCGUGGCAGAAACAAGUUCCUCAAGUUCACCUGAUUGAUGACGAUGAUGAUGAUGAUGAACCCAUUUUUGUUGGAGUACUCUCCAACACCCAGAAGGACAGCAAGUCUAACCCUGCACCUCCACAGAGAAACAGUGCAGGGAAACAAGAAAUGAAGCGUCCUCCUCCUCCUAGUCUUCCUCCCCCUCCCCCUCCUCAGCCUGCUGCUGGCCCUGCACCAAUAGUGCUGCCAUUGAGUGUACCUGUAACAACAAUGAAUACUACAACACCCACCCUGACAACAGUGACACCACAGCCUGUCAUAGUUAAUAAUCAGGGCUUUAUUGUGACUUCUCCACAAUUAACAAGCAACAAUGAACUUAUUGCCAGUCUUGGGGCCCAGUAUCCACCUGGGACAUCAUUUACAAUUUUACCAGCUGGUCAUCAGCAGCUGUUUCAGCAGGUUUCUCCAGUCAUAGGGAUGCCUGGUGUUGUCCACAGGCCUCAAGUGCAACAGAUUAGGAACAACGUGGUGACUUUGUCUAAUGUCCAGAGCCCUGCUGUGUAUUCAGUUCAGUCUAGUCUGCCCAAACACUCCAACUCUCAGUCUCUACAGACCGUUUCUGUGCCUGUCAAAGAGAAUAGCAAUAAUAACGAUCAAAUCUCAGUCAAACGAGGACUUGUGCUGCAAGAUGUUGACAGCAUGGCAAAAAAAGUAAAGAUUGACGUGGCACCAGCAAAAGUAACUGUCAAGGUCGAAAACGGCAUCUUAAAGAAAAAGUGUCCCAAAUGUCAAGAAGAAAUUUUCACGGAAGAAGGCCAGAAGUUUCAUAUGAUGAGGUGCCGUGUAAAUCCAGCUCCGGCAACCCCGAACUCGAGUGCAAACAAGCUCAUUAUGUUGGUUGCGGAUUUUUACUAUGGCCGCUUUGAGGGAGAUGCCCAAAAGAAAGAAUCACAGAAGACCAACACCACAUUCAAGUGCCAAAGCUGUUUAAAAGUUCUCAAGAAUAAUAUCAGGUUCAUGAAUCACAUGAAGCACCACCUGGAGCUGGAAAAGCAGAACAGUGAGAGCUGGGAAAGCCACACGACCUGCCAGCACUGCUACCGACAGUACAUGACUCCGUUCCAGCUGCAGUGCCACAUCGAGAGCGCUCACAGCCCCAUUGAAUCCUCAACCAAUUGCAAGAUUUGCGAGUUGGCGUUUGAGUCUGAGCAGGUGCUCCUGGAGCACAUGAAGGGGAACCACAAACCUGGGGAAAUGCCUUACGUCUGCCAGGUGUGCAAUUACAGAUCAUCUUUCUUCUCAGAUGUGGAGACUCAUUUCCGAAGUGUCCACGAAAACACAAAAGACUUGCUCUGUCCGUUUUGUCUCAAAGUUGUUCGAACUAGUCACAUAUACAUGCAGCACUACAUGAAACAUCAGAAAAAGGGGAUCCAUCGCUGUGGUAAAUGCAGACUGAAUUUCCUAACCUACAAAGAAAAAGUGGAGCACAGGACUCAUGUCCACAAGACUUUCAGGAAACCAAAAGCCCUGGAGGGUCUUCCCCCUGGUACAAAGGUGACCAUCCGAGCCUCUCUUAUUGGAAAGACGCCUACAAUCCCCAUCUCCCCAGAUCGAUCUACCAUCACUGUUAGUCCAGAACUACCGAGUUUUUCCAGUUUCAAAGUCAAACCUCCAGUCAAUCUAUCCAAGUCUAAAAAAAACAAUUCUGGAGCUGAAAAGGUCAAGACGAUUCAGAAAAAGAAGGAACAGCGUCCACCUUCCAAACACAACCUGGCACUCAAGAACCUCAGUGUUAAUGGAGGGACCUUCAUAUGCAUCGAGUGCAAUGCAAAAGUUGACCACUUCUUCACGCAUUUCCCAAUGAUUUCAAGCUGUGGUGCAUGCAACUAUCAGACAAGUUGCAAAACUUCCAUUGGAAAUCACAUGAUAAAAUUUCAUAGUACUGUCCCCAAAUACAAAUCUUUGAAAUCGGAGCAGAAGAAAUAUACAUCGGCCUCAAAGUUUACCCUUGUCUGUCUCAACUGUGAGCUCCUUGUUGAUGGGUCGGGUGGUGACCUGAUGACCAAACAUUUAACUGAUGAACCAGAUCAUGUAUGCAAAGUCAUUCAGGAGAAAGAUACCAAAGGUGAAGACAGAGAUAAAGAACAUCUCCAGCAGCCAACAAAAGUCCAACUGCUAAUGACUGCACCUGCUAUAAGAAAAGAGGAAAUGAACAUGAAACAAACUGAAAGCAUCACAUCUGGAAGUGUUACUGUUUCCAGUGCUGACCAACCAGAGUUGGAACUAAAGGGACCAGCAGGAGAACAAGAUAAGGAUUCCACAGGAACCAGUGCAACAGAGUGCUCCUCUAAAGGAAAAUUAAAGCCUUCAUUGCUGCCGGCUGCAUCAUCUUCCUGCUCUUCAGAUGGAGUUUUAGAUCUCUAUGAUGAGCCAGUGGGUGAUUCGGAAAGCCUUCGUGUUCAAGAACAGCUGCUUGCCUCUGAGGUUCUGUCUAAUCAUGCAAUUGGGGAAAAUCAGAAUGAAUCUAAAGAUGAGAUAGAAAAGCACAUGGUACAUAAAUGACCUACACAUAAUUAAAAAGAAUAAUUUUACACAGUUACACAAUUUUACACAUGUUGCUUUAACAAGUAAAGGAAAUAUCACAUUUUUUCUUAACUCCUCUUUCAAACCUGUAUUAGCGAACUCUAUUUAAAAUAUAAAUCCAAACAAAAAGCCUCCACUGUUUUUCUUUUCUCAUGUAAAUUUUAUUGUUAAAAAAUGCAUAUUAUUGUUCUGCACUUUGGCUGAUUCCAGACCACCGAUAGCUUGAAUGGUUUUGGCAUAUUUUCUAUUUCUUGGUAGUUUGAAAUAUUGACAAAUAUUUUAACAGCACAUAAAGUGUAUGCCUUUAUCUUCUAAGGAAGCUCCAGCAUAAGCCCAUUUCUGUUCCUCAUGUCACCCGGUUGAUCUCUGAUAUGCUUCAUUUACUAAUUUCUCAUUGGUGUAACUUUACACCACCAUCAGACUUGCCCCCAAAAACUGUUACUGACUGGUGUAGAAUGUAGAGGCUUUAUUUAUUUACCAAGUCCUCAGUAUAAAUUAUGCAUGCAGUGCCCUUUUAAGAAUGUGUGCUGAAACAAUGUCAUGUUUUUUUUCUUUGUCUUUGAUUGUUGGAGCUGUUUGCAUUUUCAAUAGAGGACAUUGUGGACUUUUUUUUUUUUAAGGAAUUCUAGACAUUACUGAAAUCUUUAAAUUGUUUUCAAAUCAUUUUUCACUCAUGUCAGAGUGAUAUAGUGCAUACAUGUAUCUUUCAGUGUUAUCGGUCAAACCCGAACAUCUCUGAGUAAUUUUAUCUCUGCACUCUGUUGCUUUCAAACCAUUAUGAACGUGAACGUAGGAAAUGCGAACACCAAAUGUGAUUCUUCAAGAAGCAGGUGCCAGUUCAGUUUUGUGAAAUUUAUAGCUUGGGAGAGAGCCUUAAAGAGUCAUUUUAGGAAUUAGCUGUAGAAAAAGCAGUGCAACACUGCGACUUGUAGAUUUGAUGUCUUAAUGGUUUAAUGUUACUGCUUGCUGAAGAAACAUGUACAUGCAGGUACUUAUCACGUUUCACCAUUUCUAUCAGAUAUGCCAUCCAGUUUUUAUCUUCCCAGUACUGUUGAAGUAUUUCCUAAACUUUGCAUUUCAGUAAAAUGCAAAUUCUCUGUAGCUCUGAGAAUAUUUCCACAUUUGUGUAUUUUGUGUGUGAUGUAUUUUUAGCUCCAUAGCUUUUUUUUUUUUUUUUCUUUUAAGAUUUUCACU